UUUUGCUUUUUUGCAUCAAAAGUGCAUCAUUAAUUAGUGCGUUAUACCAGUGAUAAACCGUGCAAAUAUCAAGCAAAAACAAUGAAUCGCUUCCAAAACAGCGAAACCAACGAAUCGAUUUAGCACCAAGCGAAGAAUAAUGCCGUUUUAAACCAUCCCACUAAUCCCGUUCCCCGUAUAGAUGGAUCUAGCCGAAACGAUGAAGAACGUUUUAGCGAAAGGUAUCCAACAAACGUCCGUUACGGAUCUAUCGUCGGCCAGCAACAUGGGCUUUCCCGGCGCAGGUUAUGUCACCGAGAAGCUGUACAUGUUGCUGCAGCUGUACCUGCAAAACAAAGGCUGGAAUCCCUCCGUGGAGUUGCUGCAAUGCUUCACCGAACUGAAGGAGACCUCCAUGCUGCCCAGCGCCGCCUAUUUACAGAUGAUGGCGUCUCGUGUGACUUUGGAUACACAAGGAAGGUUGAUUUUAAGAGAAAACGGGAAGAUUAUACUGCCUUUUGAGCAUUUUGCUAACGCAGUGAUGCUGAAGCACAUGAACGGACCGCACGGGUUGCAUCUGGGCGUCGAGGCAACAGUUCGAGCCGUUAUGGAUUCGUACACCAUCGGCAGGGAGAAUUUCGGCAUGGAGAAGGAGUUCGUGAUCGAAGUGGUGCAAAAUUGCCCGAACCCCGCUUGCCGAUACUACAAGAGCCAGAUGGAAUUGACGCAAAAAACGCUACAGCACUUGAACGCCGGGUACUUGGGCGACGCCCAAUCGGGCGCCAACGACAUCAGAUCGCGCAAGCACAACUACGCCCUCGACAAGCCCGACAAAGGCAAUUCGAUGGCGUUCAACGGCCCGCCCGGCCUGGGCGGCGUCGAUCUGAGCGGCGCCCAGAGCGCCAUGGAGUCGAAGGCCGGCCAGUCGCUGAUGGACCGACAGAAAUCGGCCGCGCCGCAGCCGACGCAACAGCAAAUCACGGCGGCGCUGAUCCAGCAACAGAACCGCGUCAUCGCCCAGCAGAACAUCGAGAAGCUGAACGCCAAUUUGGAGAAGCAACGCCAGCAAAUGCAGCUGCAACAGCAACUCGACUUGGUGAAGGGCCAGCAACAGCAGCAGCAGCAGCAACAACACCAGCAGAAGCAACACUUCGAAUUGCCGCUGAUGGAGCACAAGAUCACCGAUUUCUUGAGGGCUAACUUGGAGAAUUUGGAAGCGCUUCAUAACGGGGCUUGGACGCCACAAUCGAACUCCUCGUCGUCGACGGAGAAGAAUUUGUCGGAGAAGAACCUUUCCGAUGGGGGUCAAGAGAAGAUCGUGAGGGCGUUCGGCGAAGUGAUGAAGAACAUGGCUAGGAUGAAGACCUACGUGAGACCUGCCAUGUGCAAACCGUACGGGAAACAAUCGGAGGCUUUGCAAAAAACUUUGAUGGAUACCAUUCAGCUGAUACAGUCGUUGAGGAGCUUCUUGCCUCCUCCGCACAUCCAGGUCAGUUCUUGGAAGAACGAAGAUAAGCAUAGAUACGAGGACGUUUAAAAUAUUCGAGUUCGAGAUGAUAUUUUCACCCGACCGGAUUGCAAUUUUGUUUUCUUCUUUUUUUGUUGAAAGUAAGAGUAAGUAAGUGUGUACCUUUGUUCUUUAAGAAUUCCAGGAGGUUUAUAUGGAUUUUGGAAUUUUUGUUGAGAAUCUUCGAGAUUAUUAUUUUAACGUUUCUAUAAUAAGCGUUAGUUAUUUUAGGGUUAUUUAUUGUAAAUUAUUAGUUACACCUCGUUGAUUUUUUUUAUCUCAGAACGGGGUGUAGAGUUAAGUGCAUGUUUGUAUGCAAUAUGGGUGCAACAAGGACCAUUUUUAUUAAUCUCGUAUAAAAGGAAAAAGAAAGAGUGAUAAUGUAGGAGUGAAACUUUCUCACUCUAAUCACUGGUUUUACAUGCUUUCUUUGUUCAGCUCAUAGAAUUGAUCAUAUUGUAAACAAAUUUGCACUUACCUGUUUAAUUAAUUUAUGAUGAAUAAUUCCGCACCUGAUGAUUAUUUUUUGCCUAUAAUACGAUUUACUCUUCGAUUUUUAUUUAAUAUUCAGUGAUACGAAAGAAUGUGUAGCACCUUUUUGCUUUAUUUAUAUUAAUUCGUUAUUUUUUUUAUGAUUUGUAACACGUCUAAAGACUCCGUCAAUAGACUUGUUAUAUGUAACUUAUUUUAUAAGUCUAUAAAUUUAUAAGAGACUGCAAAAACAGCACAGUUCAUAUUAUGAAGCAUCUUUCAAAAAGAUGUAAAUAGAUUAUUAUUUUCUUUCUGUUAGUUCCUCAAAUUUCGUUUGUAAAUUUUACUAAUUUAUUGUGAUUCCCUCGUAGGAGCUAAUGCGUUGACGAUAUUAGACAAAAUUCUAGUCAUUACAAAAAAAGAAUCUCCGAACUGUUUGGAAAUAAAAUACUUUGAAAAGAAAUCGAGUACAAAUCGAAAUGAGACUGUUCGAAAUAAUUUUUUUAUUUUUUUUGCAACAUUUGUCAUGUCCCUCGUAGGAGUUAACGCGUUUGUCGAAUAUACGGGGUGAGUUCGCAAAUUUCGACCUCGAAAACGGACAUUAAAAUUUCUAGUCAUUACGAAAAGAAAGGAGAACCCAAAUUUUUGAGCUGUGAUUUGAUUAUUCGGUUAUUUUUCGUUGGGUCGAUAAU